CUGGUCAUGGGUGUCGUGGAGGGCCGCACAGAUGCCUUUAAAAUAAUCCCCAAAGUCACAGAAAUAAUACCUAAAUAUGGCAGCAUCAAUGGAGCAACGAGGUUGACUAUCAAAGGAGAAGGUUUUGCCCAAGCAAACCAAUUUAAUUACGGAGUCGAUAAUGCCGAGCUGGGAAACACUGUGCAGUUAGUUUCUUCUUUCCAAUCAGUCCCUUGUGAUGUAGAAAAAGAUGCAAGUCAUUCAACUCAUAUUACAUGUUACACCAGAGCAAUGCCAGAAGAUUCCUAUACUGUUAAAGUCAGCGUGGAUGGGAUUCCCAUUACAGAAAAUAAUACCUGCAGAGGUCACAUCAGCAGCUGGGCCUGUACCUUCAAUGCAAAAAGUUUCAGAACUCCAACAAUAAGGAGCAUUACGCCAUUAUCUGGGACUCCAGGUACAUUAAUAACAAUCCAGGGGAGAAUCUUCACUGAUGUCUAUGGAAGUAAUACUGCACUAAGUUCUAACGGGAAAAAUGUUAGGAUUUUGAGAGUUUAUGUUGGAGGAAUGCCCUGUGAGCUUCUCAUACCACAAUCUGAUAACAGGUAUGGUCUAAAACUAGACCAUCUGAGUGGAGAUUUGGGCUCGAUGAUUUGUAAAACAACUGGGACUUAUAUUGGUCAUCACAAUGUCAGCUUCAUCUUGGAUAGCGAUUAUGGAAGGAGUUCCCCACAAAAAUCAACAUAUUUUGUUUCUUCUCUCAAUAAAAUUUCCAUGUUUCAAACAUAUGCAGAGGUCACGGCCAUCUCACCUGCCCAAGGAAGCCUUCAAGGUGGCACCUUGUUAACAGUCACAGGCCGGUUCUUUGAUCAAACUGACUUCCCGGUCCAAGUUCUGGUUGGAGGUCAGGUCUGCGAUGUUUUGAACGUCACAGAGGGCAGUAUCUAUUGUAAGACACCCCCCAGACCUCAUCCUCCAAGAACUCUAUAUGCAGGGGGUAGAGGCCUGAAGCUGGAGGUGUGGAACAAUAGCCGGCCCCUCCGUCUGGAAGAGAUUCUUGAGUACAAUGAAAAUACACCGGGGUACCUGGGGGCCAGUUGGGUAGAUUCUGUUUCCUAUGCUUGGCCCACGGAGCAAGACGCCUUUGUUGCGCGUUUCAGUGGAUUUCUGGUGGUGCCAGAUUCUGAUGUUUACAGGGUCUACAUCAAAGGUGAUGACCGUUAUGCUGUCUACUUCAGCCACACUGGAUUUCCAGAUGAUAAGGUGAGAGUAGCAUAUCACUCUGCAAAUGCCAACAGCUAUUUUUCGAGUCCAACACAAAGUUCAGAUGAGAUUCAUCUUCAGAAAGGAAAAGAGUAUUAUAUUGAAAUCUUACUGCAAGAGUAUAGUCUAAGUGCUUUUGUUGAUGUUGGCCUGUACCAAUCUAGAAAUGUCUACACUGAACAACAAACAGGAGAUGCGGUAAAUGAAGAACAGGUUAUCAGAUCCCAGUCAACGAUUGUUCAAGAAGUACAGGUUAUAACGUUGGAAAACUGGGAAAUGACCGAUGCAACUCACGAAGUCCAGAGGAUCACGGUAACCAGCCCCUGUGUGAAAAUGAGCCCAUGUUCACUUUACCAGUACAGGUUAAUCCACAGCAGGGAGAAGACCGUCUUGCUGCCUGCUGAUGCUUCGGACUUCAUGCUGCAGUCAGCCAUCAAUGGCCUGUGGUCUAUAAAACCUGACACGGUUCGAGUGAUACGAACACAAAAUUCCCAGAGCUAUGUCUACCUGGUAACCUUUAUUUCAACUCGAGGAGACUUUGAUCUACUCGGUUAUGAAGUAUUGGAAGGGAAUAACAUGACACUGGAUAUUACAGAACAAACCAAAGGAAGACCCAGUUUGGAGACAUUCACACUGAAUUGGGACGGCAUUUCUUCCAAGCCUCUCACUCCGUGGUCAUCAGAAGCUGAAUUUCAGGUAGCCUUGGAGGAAAUGGUUAGUGCCAAGUGUCCACCGCACAUUGCAAAUGUUGAGGAAGGAUUUGCUGUGAAGUACUUCAGAGAUUAUGAAACUGAUUUUAACCCGGAGCGCGGUAAUCGAGGGCAGAAGACAGCUGAGACCGAUGCUUAUUGUGGUCGUUACUCCCUGAAAAACCCAGCUGUUCUUUUUGAAUCAGCAGAUGUUAAACUGAACAGACGGCCAUAUGGAGACAUUUUAUUAUUUCCUCAUAAUCAGUUAUGUUUAGCAUAUAAAGGAUUCCUGGCAAAUCAUAUUGGCCUAAAAUUCCAAUACCAAGACCACAGCAAGACUACUAGAAGUAUGGAUGUACAGUUUCCAUUUCACUUUGCUUCUGGAAACAACUGGACCUAUACUUGCAUAGACCUUCUGGACCUUGUACAAACCAAAUAUGCUGGCACUCGUUUUUCUCUUCAAAGGAUUGGCUUACAGAGAGCAUCCCCAUCACAGUCCUUCUACGUGGAUAUCGUUUAUGUUGGACAGACUCCUACAGUCUCAUCAUGGGAGGAAAUGCACAAGAGAAGACUACCAGCAUUAGCAAAUAAAGGAAUAUUCCUACAGCACUUUCAGGUUAAUCAGAAGAAAAUAAAUGGAUCAGCUAGGACCACCCAGUAUUCGGUUAUGAUGACGGUAUACAAUUGCAGUUACAAUAUCCCUAUGAUGGCUGCCAGUUUUGGGCAGAUAAUUACAAAUGAGACAGAGAAUGAGUCUGUUUACAGAGGAAAUAAUUGGCCGGGGGAAUCUCAGAUUCGCAUCCAAAGGAUUCAAGCAGCGUCUGCUCCUCUCCGUGGCACCUUUGACCUUCGAGCUUACGGACGUGUUCUCAAAGGCCUCCCUGCUGCCGUGUCAGCUGCGGAUUUGCAGUUUGCUCUCCAGAGCCUGGGGGCAAUGGGACACGUCUCCGUGACUCGAGAGGGAACCUGUGCUGGACACUCAUGGAACAUCAAGUGGAGGAGCAUGUGUGGGAGGCAGAACCUGCUGCAGGUGGAUGAUUCACACAUUAUGGGAGAAAAUGCUAAGGUAACCAUUGCAAAGGUAAAGGACGGUGGCUUAUUCAGACAACACAUUCUUGGAGACCUGCUUCGUGUACCCAGCCAACAGCCACAGGUUCAAGUCUAUGUCAAUGGAAUUCCAGCUAAAUGCUCAGGCGACUGCAGAUUUACAUGGGAUCUCCUGCCUACACCCCAAGUCUUCGACAUAAACCCUUUGCGAGGGUCCUAUGAAGAAAACACAAUUCUCACCAUUUUAGGCUCUGGAUUUUCUCCUAGUUCAUCUGUAUCCGUCUCAAUUGGACCAAUAGGUUGCUCUCUUCUUUCUGUUGAUGAGAACAACAUCACAUGCCAGGUUCUGAAAGGAAGUGCCGGACAUUUCCCAGUUGCUGUGUCCAUAGCCGAUGUUGGACUAGCACAGAGUGUGAACACUGAGACAUUUUACUUCACCUAUCACCAUCAGCUCUCACGCAUCUGGCCUUCUUCUGGAAGUCUAGCAGGUGGUACUCUUCUGACUCUGUCUGGAUUUGGCUUUAAUGACAACUCCCAGGUCGUAGUUGGGAAUGAAUCUUGCAAUGUGGUUGAAAGGAAUUCCAAUACUAUAACCUGCAGAACACCGAAAAGAAUUGAGGGUACAGUGGAUGUAUCAGUCAUUACCAAUGGCUUUCAAGCCACAGCAAAUGAUGCUUUUAGUUAUAAUUGUUUGCAGACUCCAGUUAUAACUGAUUUUAACCCCAAAGAACGGGCAAUACUAGGAGAAGUUAAUUUAACAGUAAAGGGCUAUAAUUUUGGAAAUGGACCCACAGAGAACAUGGUAUAUGUGGGAGGAAAACCGUGCCAGGUCCUUCACUGGAACUUUACAGACAUUAGGUGCCUCUUGCCCAGCUUGCCUCCCGGAAAACAUGAUGUCCAUGUAGAAGUCACAGGCUGGGGUUUUGCAUCCAACAGAGAUAAGUUACAAGCCUCUAUACAGUAUAUUUUGGAAGUGACCAACAUGUCUCCACGGAGAGGGUCCUUAUAUGGUGGAACUGAAAUCACUGUAACGGGUUUUGGAUUCAGCACAACAUCAGCUGAGAACACUGUGCAUUUAGGUGCCUUUCCUUGCAAUGUGAUCUCAUCUUCAGACAAUGUCAUAAAAUGUGUUCUUCAUUCAACAAUGAAUGUGUUCAGGGUCACUAACAAUGGAGAAGAUUCAGAGCAUGGAUCAGGCUACGCGUGGUCUCCAUCUGUGUUAAAUGUAUCCAUGGGCGACACAGUGGUAUGGCACUGGCAAGCACAUCCGUUUCUUCGGGGGAUAGGGUAUAGAGUUUUCUCUGUCUCCAGUCCUGGACGUGUAAUUUAUGAUGGCAAAGGAUUUACAAGUGGAAAGCAAAAAUCUGCAACUGGUUCAUUUUCUUACCAAUUCGCAUCACCUGGAAUUUAUUAUUAUAGCAGUGGGUAUGUUGAUGAGGAUCACUCUAUUUUUCUCCAAGGAGUCAUUAAUGUUUCACCAGCUGAAACCAGGCACAUUCCCUUGCACCUGUUUGUGGGUGGCACUGAAGCCACAUAUGCUCCGGGAGGAGCUGAGUACGUGCAUGGGGGAAGCUCUGUGGCAGGCUGCCUAGCAACGGAACCCCUGGGUAGCCUGAACAACACCGAGGUUAAACAUUCAAAUAAAUUGCUCUUUGAGCUUUCAAGUUGUUUUUCACCUUCUAUAAACAGCAUUAGUCCUUCCACUGGAACAGUAAAUGAAUUGAUAACCAUCACCGGACAUGGCUUCAGUAAUGUCACCGGUGCUAAUAAGGUUAUAAUUGGUAGCUACCCUUGUGUUGUAGAUGAAAGCAAUGAAAAUUCUAUUAUGUGUCAUAUUGACCCUCAAAACACAAUGGAUGUUGGUACCAGGGAAAUCGUCACAUUAACUGUCCACAACCUGGGCACUGCUAUCAACACACAGGCCAAUGACAUUGACAGGCGGUUUGUGCUUCUACCCAACAUUGACACGGUAUUGCCACCUGCAGGAUCAACUACAGGAAUGACGAGAGUGACCAUAAAGGGCUCUGGAUUUGCAGUUUCUGCUGCUGAUGUGGAUGUCCUCCUGGGGCCUUUCUCCUGUAAAGUUCUGUCCGUGAACUACACAGCCAUCGAGUGUGAAACACCAGCUGCCUCUCAAGAGCUGGUGGAUGUCAGUCUUCUAAUACACGGAGUGCCAGCCCGGUGCGAAGGGGACUGCAGCUUUUCCUAUUUAGACGGCCUUACACCUGUCAUCACAAGUAUCACCCCAAACAGUAUCAACCGAUCUGCCCAAGUUCUGAUCGAAGGAGAAGGCUUUGGGACUGUCUUGGAGGACAUUGCUGUUUUUAUUGGAGGUCAACGGUUCCCAGCAAUAGAUGUAAACGAAAGCGCCAUCACUGCUCUUGUGACUCCCCUCCCAGCGGGGCUUCAUUCGCUCCGUGUGGUGGUGGGCACAAAGGGGUUGGCGCUGGGAAACUGCACGGUCAGCAGCCCUGCGGCAGCCACUGUCACACCCACUUCUGGAAGCACUGGGGGUGGAACUAUCUUGGUGAUCACCGGAAAUGGCUUCUACCCAGGCAAAACCUCUGUCAUUGUUGGAGAGAACCCUUGCGACGUGAUUUCCGUCCACUCCAGUGAAGUUCACUGCCGCACCCCACCAGGGAAAGCUGCGAUGGUGGAUGUAAAGAUCUUUGUGAAUGCAGUCGCUUACCCUCCACUGCCAUUCACAUACGCCAUAGAGGACACUCCAUUUCUUAGGGGAAUUGUCCCAAGCAGAGGUCCACCAGGGACAGAAGUUCAAAUCACUGGAUUUAAUUUUGGUAUUGACACCCUGGAAGUGUCCGUGAUGAUCAGUAACCUUCAGUGCCAUAUAACCAUGGUCAAUGAUAGUGUGUUGCAGUGCAUUGUGGGCGAGCACGCAGGGGGCACUUUUCCUGUUUCAAUGCACCAUAAGACAAAAGGCUUUGCUGUGUCCACGAUUGUCUUUGAGUACCCACUUACUAUCCAAAAUAUUCAUCCAAGCCAAGGGAGCUUUGGUGGAGGUCAAACUAUGACAAUAACAGGCACUGGGUUUAAUCCGCAAGAUUCGGCUAUAUUCCUCUGUGACACAGAAUGUGCAGCUGACAGGCUUAAAUCUAAUUACACAACCUUAUUGUGCAAAAUUCCACCUAAUCAUGCAAGGGUCCUUGAGCAAGCCUGUGAAGUGAGUGUGGCCAACGGGAAGGAGAUUUCACUGUCUAUGACUCCAUUUGUGUACAAUGUGUCGCAGACUCCAAUCAUCAUCGGAAUCGCUCCCAAGAGAGGCAGUACAGCAGGGGGCACCAGACUGACCGUCCUGGGAUCCGGAUUCAGUGAAGAUGUACAGGAUGUUCACGUCUCGAUAGCCGAAACCAGAUGUGAUGUUGUGUUUUCCAACAAGACGCAGAUCAUCUGCGUGACGAACGCUCACGCAUCUUCAGGAUGGGCACCAGUUCAUGUCAACAUCGGAAGCGUGGGCAUGGCCAAAGGGGACAAUGCUGAGUUCCUAUACAUUGAUGUGUGGUCUGCCAACGUCUCGUGGGGAGGGAAGUCUCCCCCGGAUGAAGGGUCACUCGUUGUUAUUUCCAAAGGACAGACAAUUUUGUUGGAUCAAAGUACCCCCAUUUUGAAAAUGUUGCUUAUUCAGGGUGGAAUGUUAAUAUUUGAUGAAGCUGACAUUGAACUUCAAGCAGAAAAUAUCCUCAUUACAGAUGGAGGCAUUCUUCAGAUUGGGACUGAAGCAUCACCAUUUCAGCACAAGGCUGUCAUUACCUUGCACGGGCACCUGCGAUCGCCUGAGCUCCCCAUAUAUGGAGCGAAAACACUGGCCGUACGAGAGGGCAUCCUUGACCUGCACGGUCUGCCUAUUCCUGUGAUCUGGACUCGUUUGGCUCAGACUGCUGAAGCAGGGGACAGGACUCUGCUUUUACAAGAAGCUGUGACGUGGAAAGCAGGAGAUGACAUUAUCAUUGCAAGUACAGGGCACAGACACAGCCAAGGAGAGAAUGAAAAAAGGACCCUAGGCUCGGUGUCUGCUGAUGGCGUCAGCAUAACGCUGACUCGGCCCCUGAACUACAUGCACUUAGGCGUCACUGUCCCACUCCCCGAUGGAACCUGGUUUGAAGCAAGAGCAGAAGUUGGAGUUCUUACAAGGAAUAUUGUAAUACAGGGAUCUACUAAUGUGGAGUGGAGUAACAAAAUUCCAGCAUGUCCAGAUGGGUUUGACACAGGUGAAUUUGCUACACAGACCUGCCUCCAUGGAAAGUUUGGAGAAGAAAUAGGAAGUGACCAGUUUGGAGGCUGCAUUAUGUUUCAUGCUCCGGUACCUGGUGCUAACAUGGUAACUGGAAGGAUAGAAUAUGUAGAGGUAUUCCAUGCCGGCCAGGCUUUCCGGUUGGGGCGCUAUCCAAUCCAUUGGCACCUGCUUGGAGAUAUGCAGUUUAAAUCUUAUGUAAGAGGCUGUGCAAUUCACCAGACUUAUAACAGAGCCGUUACUAUCCAUAACACACAUCACCUUCUGAUCGAGCGGAAUAUUAUCUAUGAUAUCAAAGGAGGAGCAUUUUUUAUAGAAGAUGGUAUUGAAUAUGGCAAUAUCCUGCAGUAUAACUUGGCCAUAUUUGUACAUCAAAGUACCAGUCUUCUGAAUGAUGAUGUGACCCCAGCUGCAUUCUGGGUAACCAACCCAAACAAUACUAUACGGCACAAUGCUGCUGCUGGUGGCACUCACUUUGGCUUUUGGUACCGAAUGAACAACCAUCCUGAUGGACCAUCCUAUGACCGAAGCAUCUGCCAAAAAAGAGUUCCUCUUGGAGAAUUCUUUAACAAUACCGUUCACUCUCAAGGUUGGUUUGGACUAUGGAUAUUUGAAGAAUACUUCCCCAUGCAAACAGGAUCUUGUACAUCUACAGAGCCAGUGCCUGCGAUGUUUAAGUCACUCACGACUUGGAAUUGUCGAAAAGGUGCAGAGUGGGUUCAUGGAGGUGCCCUUCAGUUCCACAAUUUUGUGAUGGUCAAUAAUUACGAGGCUGGAAUCGAGACCAAGAGGAUCCUGGCUCCCUAUGUGGGAGGCUGGGGUGAAACCAGUGGAGCAGUGAUUAAAAAUGCCAAAAUAGUUGGCCAUCUCGAUGAGCUGGGAAUGGGCUCCGCGUUUUGCACAAUGAAAGGCCUGCUUCUCCCCUUCAGUGCAGGCUUGACGGGGUCCUCCAUACACUUCAUGAACUUUGACCGUCCCAACUGCGUAGCUUUCGGUGUGACAUCCAUCACUGGAGUUUGUAAUGACAGAUGUGGAGGCUGGAGUGCCAAAUUUGUUGACAUCCAGUACUUCAACACACCAAACAAGGCCGGGUUUCGAUGGGAGCAUGAAAUGGCACUGAUUGAUGUGGAUGGCUCGCUUACAGGACGCCCGGGACACACUGUCAUCCCACACAGCCCAUUGCUGGAUCCGUCCCAUUGUACCCAAGAGCCCGAGUGGAGCAUCGGAUUCCCUGGGUCCGUCUGCGAUGCCUCUGUCAGCUUCCACCGUUUAGCGGUCAACAAACCUUCCCCAGCCUCGCUGCUGGAAAAGGACGUGGUUCUCUCGGCCUCUUUUGGCACAAGCAUUGUUCCUUUUCAGAAGAAACGGCUGACUCAUACAUCGGGAUGGAUGGCUCUCAUUCCAAAUGCAAAUCACAUUAAUUGGUAUUUUAGAGGGAUAGAUCACAUAACUAACAUAUCAUAUACGUCAACGUUCUAUGGAUUUAAGAAAGAAGAUUAUGUAAUCAUAUCUCAUAAUUUCACUCAAAACCCUGAUAUGUUUAAUAUUAUCGAUGUGAGGAAUGCCUCUUCAAAUCCCUUGAAUUGGAACACCAGCAGGAAUGGCGACUGGCACCUGGAAGCAAACACUAGCACUCUGUACUACUUAGUGUCAGGAAGAAAUGACCCGCCGAGCCAGCCUGUGUCGGGGACACUGGAUCCCGAGGUGACAGACGUCACUAUAAAUUUUCAAGCUUACUGCUGUAUUCUUCAAGACUGCUUCCCUGUGCGUCCCUCUUCAAGAAAACCAAUUCCCAGGACGCGGCCUGCCACAUACAAUGUAUGGUCAAAUGAUUCUUUUUGGCAAUCAUCUCGAGAAAAUAAUUAUACCGUACCCCAGCCAGGAGCAAAUGUGGUUAUUCCUGAAGGAACAUGGAUUGUAGCAGACACAGCUAUUCCCCCAAUGGAAAGGCUCAUUAUUUUGGGGGUUCUAGAACUGGAAGAUCAAUAUAAUGUGGGAACUACCGAGUCUUCUUAUAGAAAAAUUGUUUUAAAUGCUACCCACAUAUCACUGCAGGGAGGCAGGCUGAUUGGGGGCUGGGAAGAUAACCCUUUUAAAGGAGAGCUACAGAUUGUCCUUAGAGGAGAUCAUUCGACCCCAGAGUGGCCUCUACCAGAAGGACCAAAUCAAGGGUCAAAGGUCUUAGGGGUAUUUGGUGAGCUGGAUCUUCAUGGAUUCCCACGUUCAAUAUAUAAAACUAAACUCUCAGAAACUGCAGAGGCAGGUUCCAGAGUCCUGACCCUGCUGGAGAGUGUGGAUUGGCAGGAGGGUGAAGAGAUAGUGAUAACAACCACAAGCUAUGACUUGCAGCAGACAGAAACCAGAAGUAUUAUAAAAAUCCUGCAUGACCACAAAAUUCUCAUACUCAAUGAUACCCUUUCUUAUACUCAUCUCGCGGAAGAAUACCACCUCCCAGGCACAGGUCUGAGCUACACGCUGGCAGCUGAUGUGGGGAUAUUGAGUAGAAACAUCAAAAUCGUGGGUGAAGAUUACCCAGGUUGGGCCAAGGAAUCUUUUGGUGCACGAGUCCUGAUCAGCUCAUUUACAGAAAAUAUGAUGACAUUUAGAGGAAAAGCAAGAAUAAGUAAUGUUGAAUUUUAUCACAGUGGUCAAGAAGGCUACAGGGAUAGCCCUGAUCCAAGAUAUGCCAUAACAUUUCUUAACCUUGGACAGAUUGAGGAACGGGGCUCAUCUUAUGUCCGAGGCUGCGCUUUUCACCAUGGCUUUUCUCCAGCAAUUGGUGUGUUUGGGACCGAUGGACUGGACAUAGAUGAUAACAUCAUUUACUUUACAGUAGGGGAAGGGAUAAGAAUAUGGGGGGAUGCCAACAGAGUCCGAGGAAAUUUGGUUUCACUUUCGGUUUGGCCAGGAACCUAUCAGGAGAGAAAAGAUUUGAGUUCAACUCUCUGGCAUGCUGCAAUUGAGAUAAACAGAGGAACCAACACAGUCUUACAAAAUAACAUCGUUGCUGGAUUUGGAAGGGCAGGCUACCGCAUUGAUGGGGAACCUUGCUCAAGCCAGGCCAGUCCCAUGGAAAAGUGGUUUGACAAUGAAGCCCAUGGAGGUUUAUACGGUGUCUAUAUGAACCAAGAUGGUCUCCCUGGAUGUUCUCUUAUACAAGGGUUUACCAUUUGGUCAUGCUGGGAUUAUGGAAUUUAUUUUCAGACCACAGAAAGUGUCCUUAUCUAUAAUGUGACCCUGGUUGACAACGGAAUGGCCAUUUUCCCAGUCAUUUACUCACCAGCUGCUGUAUCUCACAAAAUCUCCAACAAAAAAGUGCAAGUUAAGAGAUCAUUAAUCGUUGGAAGCAGCCCAGCAUUUAACUGCUCUGAUGUCCUAACAAACGAUGAUCCUAAUAUUGAGCUUACUGUUGCCCAUAGGAGUUCUAGACCGCCAUCAGGUGGGAGGAGUGGAAUUUGCUGGCCUACCUUUGCUUCAGCCCAUAACAUGGCCCCCCGGAAACCCCAUGCAGGAAUCAUGAAUUACAAUGCCAUCAGUGGUCUUUUGGACAUCUCAGGUUUAACAUUUGUUGGAUUUAAAAAUGUUUGUUCAGGUGAAACUAAUGUAGUAUUCAUUACUAACCCUUUAAAUGAGGAUUUACAACAUCCGAUCUAUGUGAAGAACAUACAGCUGGUUGAUACUACUGAACAAUCCAAAGUAUUUAUACAUAGGCCUGAUAUAAGUAAGGUGAACCCAUCUGAUUGUGUAGACAUGGUUUGCGAUGCCAAAAGGAAGUCUCUUCUUAGAGACGUGGAUGGCUCCUUUCUGGGGAGUCCUGGUUCAGUGAUUCCUCAGGCAGAAUAUGAGUGGAAUGGAAACCGUCAACUUGGAAUCGGGGAUUACAGAAUUCCUAAAGCGACGCUCACUUUCCCUAAUGGAAGUAGAAUUCCUGUUACCGAGAAAGCACCUUCUCGAGGGAUUAUUAGGGAUGCAACUUGUAAAUACAUUCCCAAGUGGCAGAGCUAUCAGUGUUUUGGACUGGAAUACGCAAUGAUGGUUAUCGAAAGCCUGGAUUCUGACUCAGAAACGCGGAGACUUUCACCAGUGGCUCUAUUGAGCAGUGGUUACGUUGAUCUUAUUAAUGGCCCACAGGAUCAUGGCUGGUGUGCUGGGUACACUUGCCAGAGAAGGCUGUCCCUGUUCCAUGGCAUCGUCGCACUGAACAAAUCUUACGAAGUUUACUUCACUGGGACCAGUCCUCAGAAUCUCCGACUGAUGUUACUUAAUGUUGACCAUCACAAGGCUGUUCAUGUGGGCAUCUUUUUUUCCACACUUCAACGUUUGGAUGUCUACGUGAACAAUUCAUUGGUUUGUCCCAAAAAUACAGUAUGGAACUCCCAACAGAAACAGUGCAAACAUAUUAGGCACCGAUACCCAGAGCAAUUCCUUCCAACUCUGGACCCCACUGUCCUUGGUGAAAACCACUUCGAUAGAAUCUCCCAGAUGCUUCAUGUUUUGGUUAAAGGAACCAUACCGGUGGAAAUCCACACCACUGCAGUCAUAUUUCUUUCUUUCCAACUCCCUGCUGUAACCGAAGAUGACUUCUAUAAUUCCCAUAAUCUGGUUCGAAAUCUUGCCUUGUUCCUAAAGAUACCAAGUGACAAAAUCCGUGUCAGCAACGUAAUACGAGAGACGAGUCUGCGGAGCAAGAGAUCCACGGGACUCACGAUCGAAUUAGAAAUUGGAGACCCUCCCCCUCAGUUCCUAAGCAAUGACACCUCAGGUCGGAUGCAAUUAUCUGAACUCCAGGAAAUAGCUGGGACCCUUGCACAGGCUGUAAUCUUAGGAAAAAUCAGUAGUGUCCUUGGAUUUAAUAUUUCAUCCAUGUUUAUUAUUUAUCCACUCCCAAGUCCAACUGAUUCUGGAUGGAAUAAGGUGACUGCCCUACCAGUUGAAAGGUCUGCGUUUCCUGUUCAUCUGGUGGCCUUCGUGUCCUCGCUCUCAGUGGUCACUCAGCCAGUGGCAGCGCAGCCAGGACAGCCCUUGUCCCAGCAGCCUUCCGUAAAGGCAGUAGAUUCAGAUGGUAACUGUGUAUCGGUUGGGAUUACUUCAUUAACUUUGAAGGCCAUACUAAAGGAUUCCAGUAACAGUCAAAUCAGUGGUCUUGGUGGAAAUACAACAAUUCCAUUUAACAGCUGUUGGGCCAACUACACAGACUUAACUGUUCUUAGAAAUGGAAAAAAUUAUAAGAUUGAAUUUAUCCUGGAUGAUGUUGCACGGGCAGAAUCCAGGACAUUCAGCCUACCAGUGCAGUCUCUGUCAAGCAGCAGUGGGGGCAGCAGCAGUGGCGGAGGCAGCGGUAGCAGCAGUAGCAGCAGCAGCAAAGCAGCAUCUCUGGGUACUGCUGCCCAUCUGGCUAUAGUAAUUAGCACUCUCACAGGUAGACUGCUACUCUUGGAUAUGGCCUCAGUUUUGAAUCUGAAUGUAAGUAGUUCUUCUUUUAAAAUAAUAUUUCUCUCUUCAUAUUGA